AUGUCGUCGCCACACCAACACCCACCCCCAGCCGGAGGGUUCUCCCUCUUCCCGAACCCGAACAACGCUCCGCGACCGCCCUCGAGAUCACAGAGCAGGCCUCGAGCAGCUUCGCCCCAGGAAGGGCGGUCUGGCUCGAUCGAGAUGACACCUCCCCGUACCGGGCGGAGGAACUCAUCCGCUAGGGGCAGGCAGAGGAUCCCGUCGAACAACCCGUGGCAGCACGCACUCGAUGCCACAAGACAGCCGGUAUAUGGAGAGACCGCGGCAGGCCCGUCGGCAGCGCCGUUCGUUGUGGAAGAUCCCGUCGUUGAGACCACAUAUUCCCAACCCGUGACGGAUGCGCCUCAGCGAUGCGAGACAGCCUUCUCCGAGGCCCAGACGCUCGUCCGCAGUUCCAGCCAGAGAUCGCGGAGCUCCAUCGCCAAACCUCCAAUAGCCUACACGACGGCCGGCCCGUCCUCGUCGUCACAGCCAGGGCAACCCGGUGAACCAGCCGCCAUCCGGUCCAUGUUCCCUCGAUACAACCCCGACAUAUCCCUGGACCAGCAGAACUAUUACCCGACCCAAGCAAGCCCGACGCACAUCCCCCAACACGCCAUCAGCAGGCCCCUCUACUCUCCUCCAAGCAUUGCCCCAGCCGCCGAAGCGUCGUCCAGCGUGCCAGCAGCCACCUAUCAAGCUAGCCCUCCGCGCGCAGCCCCCUCUACCGCCAGCUGGCAUCCCACCAUGGGGCAGCGACACCACGAGCCUGCCGUGAUGCCGCCCGUCAACAGCACCGAAGAACUCCGCGGGCUGUGGAAGGUGACGAACGGGUGGAAGGCCACCUCGUUUGACGGCCGCAGCUACUGCCUCAAGAUGGCCGCCUCCCCGGAUCUACCCCCAUCAUACACCCUCUCCUCCUCCACCAACCAACCCUUCUACUGCCUCCGCGUCGACCCGACCUCCUCCUCGGCCCUUGUCACGCUCUCCCGCUACGACCCCAACAAACCCUUCAAGCCCGCCUCCUCCUCCUCCACCGCCACUACCAUGGCCAUCAGCCCUAACAGCGGCACCUCCUCCCCCUCCCCGCGCGCAUCCUCCUCCAGCCGCCAAUCCAGCCACCCCCUCCCCACAACCACCGCUUACACCCCCGCCACCACAGCCUCCAAGCACCAAAAAAACUGGCAAGAAGUCCUCUCCACCCACCUCUCCCCAACCAACUCGGCCGGCGAACCCCUCCCCACCACCACCCCAUCCUCCGAUCCCAACUCCGACCCCAACCCCGACGACGGCCUGGUAGCACACCUCUGGCCCGCCGCGGCAGCGCGCCUCGUGGCCGACCGCGCCAACGACCUGACCACGGUCGCGCUCGCACAGCAGGAAUCCGCGCGCCUGGUGUGGGACGCCGACAGCGGCAGCCACUUCCUGGCGCACCCGGCGCUGGCCAUGCCCUUCCGCGUCGCCGUCGCCCGCCACCCGGCCUACGCCCGCGUCGAGUACACCCUCGAGCACCUCGAGUCGCCGGUGCCGCUGGCGCGGCUGGUGCGCGAUGGCACCGGCGCCGGCUGGGUGCAGGUGGAUACGGGCAUCGCGGGCAAGAUCGAGGCCGUGUAUCUGGUGGAUGUGGUGGUGGCCGCGUUGGUGAUCGUGGCGCAUCUGGAUGGGGGGCUGAAUGGCGGGGGUGGCGGGGAGGUGUUUGAGCCGCCGCCGGUGGUGUUUGGGGGGCCGAAUGGGAGUGUGUAUGCGGCCAGCGGGGUGGGAGGGGUUGGGGCCGGCGAGGGGGGCAGGAGUAGUAGCUGGAGUGAGAGGUUGGGGGCGGCGAGCCGCGCGAGUAAGCGCGAGGAGAAGGAGCGCAAGAAGUUGCGGGAGAAGCAGAAGAAGAAGAAGGGUGGUAAGAAGGGGCCGAUGGAGCAGUUUGAGAUAGACUUGGAGAGCCAGAGUAGUGAUCUGGGUAAGGGGGGCGAGAAGGAUAAGGUACCCGACGCUGGUGGCUAUCUUGUCGGUGUUGACUAG